AUGACGACACGCUCUGCUUCCACGGAAGAAGCCACACCUCUGGUCCAGCUGCAUGGGAAACCCGUCAAAUGGGACCGCAUCAGACGGUUCAGUAGACCACCGCCUCAGGCGCAAAAACGAACACGGCGCACCGCCGCCGGAGUGUCUCCGAUAGGCGAGAGGAUUCACCUGGACCUCCAUCCAAACGCCUUCCGGUCGACUGUAGACAUCGACGAACGCAUUCUGUUCUUGACCAAGUCGUAUCUAGACUGGAACUUUUCGUUCUGGACUUCCCUCGGCUUUGCGCAGAGGCAACAACAGCGACGCGACCUCUCAAAUCUCAAAUGCCAAAGUGGUAACGACGUCUCCAGAGUGUUCAACAAAUGCUUCUACAACGCCAUUCCUCUGUUGUUUACGAAUAACACCGUCGAGGCAUUCAAGGAGAUCAACCUGGCCUGCAGUCUCGCGUCCCAUUGUAUCCAGAAAUCCCCGUACUGGAUAUUCCUGCGUCUUCUUCAUCUGUACUCGUAA